AGUAGCUGGAAGACUUUGUUUAGGGAUAUCUUUUUCUCAGGGUUUGACCUCCACAGGUAUGCUAUGCUGCUAUGCUCCUAGCCUGUGGGUACUGUCCUCAGCCUUAGCGGGUAAAGUGAGCAAGUCUGAGUUUUGAUCGUCCUUGCAGCAGUUGCAGAGGAAGAUCAGCUUGGAAUAGGUGGGAGCCAUCUAGGCCCCAUACAGAGUAUAAACUAGCAUCAGCAAGUUGGAGAACUGUUCAGGCUGGAAUCCCUCCUGCCGAGGCGGUUAGAUUCUAUGUGAGUGCUGGAACCUAUCUUUGUUGACUAUCUUUUAGUUUCCCUAGAAUUGCAGAAGGGGCUGGGUUUUGUUAACUCUUUAGUUAUUGAUAUGAGUGUUGGGUGGUGGGACAAGGGGGAGGGCAAGGGAAGCAAAGCAGGGACAUUGGGUACAGUUAUUUUAAGGUCCUCUAUUUAGGAGUGCUCAGGCAAGCUCAGUUUAUGAGAGAUUUCCCCUUUUUCCCCCCCUACUCUGCUUUUUUAGGACUCUGCAUUUGUCCAAGAGAAGAAUCUAAAGAAAUCAGAGCAGCUCAGGUAGUUCUAAAAGCCAUGGCACAGACGUUUUCCUGGAUGAGUCAGAUUGUCAAAACCUAAACCUACUCAUCAAUUUCAACUUCAUUUAAAAUGGUACAACCAGUUAUUAUGUGCCUCCUGAUGGAUGCAAUAGGAAGUACAUAGCACCAGCUCUGAUAUAUUCCUGCCCCUCCAAAGAAAAUGUGAAUCAGGCCUACAGAUCUAACUACCUUUUCACACAAAGUAUGGAAGUAAAGCAACAUCUUAAACCAUUCCAUGUAGAUGCAAUAAGCCAACAAUGGAUUCGUAACAUUCAGGGAUGUGGCCAUAGAGUUCUCUCAGGAAGAAUGGAAGUGCCUGGAACCUGCCCAGAGAGACUUAUACAGGGAUGUGACUCUGGAGAACUUCAGUAACUUGGUCUCACUAGGACUUUCCAUUUCUAAGCCAGAUGUCAUUUCCUUAUUGGAGCAAGGGAGAGAACCCUGGAUGAUUACAAAUGGUAUGACAGGACCAUGGUGUCCAGAGCUGGAGUCCAGGUGUGAGAAAUUUCCACAAAAAGAUAUUUCUGAAGUAGAGUCAUUCAGUUGGGAAAUAAUGGAAAGCCUUAAAUGCUGUGAUUUUGAUGGCUCUAGUUUGAGAGAUGGCUGGGAAUACAAAGGCCAAUUUGAAAGACAACAAGUAACUCAGGAAUGCUGUUUCAAGCAAGUAAAAGUCAUGUAUGAAAACAUGCCCACUUUUGAGCAUCGUACAUCCCUCACUUUACAUCAGAACAAUGAGAUUGGUGAAAAACUGAUUGAAUGUAAUGAAUGUGGAAAAGCAUUUAGCCGUGGCUCACACCUUAUUCAGCAUCAGAAAACUCACACUGGUGAAAAACCUUUUGAAUGUAAGGAAUGUGGGAAGGCCUUUAGUCGUGCCUCACACCUUGUUCAACAUCAGAGAAUUCAUACAGGUGAGAAACCUUAUGACUGUAAGGAAUGUGGGAAGGCUUUUGGCCGUACUUCAGAACUUAUUCUACAUCAAAGACUUCAUACUGGUGUCAAACCCUAUGAAUGUAAAGAAUGUGGAAAGACCUUUAGACAGCAUUCACAACUUAUUCUGCAUCAAAGAACUCACACAGGUGAGAAACCCUAUGUAUGUAAAGACUGUGGGAAGGCUUUUAUUCGUGGCUCACAACUUACUGUUCAUCGGAGAAUUCAUACAGGUGCUAGACCUUAUCAAUGUAAAGAAUGUGGGAAAGCCUUUAGACAGCAUUCACAGCUUACUGUCCACCAGAGGAUUCAUACUGGUGAGAAACCCUAUGAGUGUAAGGAAUGUGGGAAGGGCUUUAUUCAUAGCUCAGAAGUUACUCGACAUCAAAGAAUUCAUUCUGGGGAGAAACCCUACGAAUGUAAGGAAUGUGGGAAGGCCUUUAGACAACACGCACAGCUUACACGACAUCAGAGAGUUCACACUGGUGACAGACCUUAUGAAUGUAAGGACUGUGGGAAGGCGUUUAGUCGUAGUUCAUACCUUAUUCAACAUCAGAGAAUUCAUACAGGUGACAAACCCUAUGAAUGUAAGGAAUGUGGGAAAGCCUUUAUUCGUGUUUCACAACUGACCCAUCAUCAGCGAAUUCAUACUUGUGAGAAACCCUAUCAAUGUAGGGAAUGUGGAAUGGCCUUUAUUCGUAGUUCACAACUUACUGAACAUCAGAGAAUUCAUCCUGGGAUCAAACCUUAUGAAUGUAGAGAAUGUGGGCAGGCCUUUAUUCUUGGCUCACAGCUCAUCGAACACUACAGAAUCCAUACUGGUUAGAAAGCCUUGAAUGUUAGGGGUGUAGGAGCCUUUACAUGGAGUUCACACCUGACUCAAUAUUAGAUAAUGUGUAUGUAAUGUGAUUAAUGUGAAAACCUUCACUUGUCACUUCCAUUACGGAACAUCGGGUAACUCAUAGCAGAAGAAAAUCCAAUAAAUGUGGGAAUUCUUUUUGCCUCACACUCACUGCUUAACAAGCAUCAGAAAACUUAGGUUGAAAUAAAUAUUAAUAUGAAUAUAGAAAACCUUUCUAUUACCACUCAAAAUGUGUUAAACUUCUGAGAAUUCCUAAUAUUAAGAUAUUUUGUGAAUGUGCCUUUUACCAUACAUACAUCUUACUUAACAUUAUCUCAGCUCCACCAGUUACCAACUGUAUAGCACUGGACAAAUAAUGCAGUCUUCCUGUUCCUCAGUUUACUUGUUUUUAAGCAGUGAUCAUUAUACUUUUUUUUUUAAUAUUUUAUUUAUUUAUUUGACAGAGACAGAGAUAGCGAGAGCAGGAACACAA